AGGUAGUGUUUUUUUGGCCGCUAUGACUCAUGAAUGAGGUUGUCCUCAUCCUCUUCUGCAGUUCUCUCCUCCUUUCAUCUCAGUUCUCUCUGAGGAGUACAACUCUCCUGACGGAAUAUGUGUCGAGUCGCCGAGUAAACUUGGAUUUUGGUCACUAUGUUGCGGGUCAUUGUCGAGUCUGCGAGCGGGAUUCCUAAAAAGAAAAUAGGAAACCCAGAUCCAAUUGCUACUGUUCUUUUUAGAGGUGAAAAGAAGAAAACAAAAGCAAUUAACAAUGACUUGAACCCAGUUUGGAAUGAAGUUCUUGAGUUUGAUCUGAAAGGCUCUCCUCUGGAUGCAUCCUCCUACAUUGAUGUGGUUGUAAAGGACUAUGAGACAAUUGGGAAACACAAGUUCAUUGGCUCUACAAAAAUCUCACUGAGUGAUUUGGCCAGUAGUCAAGUGAAGUCCCUGCCUUCUAAAAAUGUCCCUUUGAUCAAUGAGAAGCAGCAAAAUGUGGGGGCAACCAUUAAUUUGACCAUUGGGUAUGAGUCACCUUCUAGUCCAGACCUAAAUGAUCACACUAAUAUCAACGUCUCCCACGCAGAAGCAGGAGAUAAUGAGGAGGAUGAUGAGACACAGGAUGUUAUGGAUGGAGCUGGUCAGGUUGGAAGUUCAGGAAUGCCUCCUUUACCAAACCAACCUGGAAAACCAAGUCAUAAGUCGCAUCAUUUGAGUAGAAAGAGGAACAAGGUUCUGGCCAAUAAGCCUCAAGACUUCCAGAUUCGAGUUCGUGUUAUCGAGGGUCGUCAGCUGCCAGGCAACAACAUAAAGCCAGUGGUGAAAGUGAAUGUUUGCGGACAGACCCACAGGACCAGAAUCAGGAGAGGAAACAACCCAUUCUUCGAUGAGAUGUUUUUCUACAAUGUUAAUAUGCUGCCUUCAGAGCUUUUUGAUGAGAGCAUCAGUCUUCGAGUUUAUGACUCUUUCUCCCUCAGAGCGGACAGUCUCAUAGGAGAGUUCAAGCUGGAUGUUGGCUACAUCUAUAAUGAACCUGGUCAUUCUAUAAUGAGAAAAUGGCUGCUCCUGAGUGAUCUGGAGGAAUCCAGCACAGGGGCCAGAGGAUACCUGAAAGUCAGCAUUAUUAUUGUCGGCACUGGAGAUGACCCACCGAGUGAAAGAAGAGAGCUAAGCGAGGAGCAGGAUGAUAUAGAGAGUAAUCUUUUGGUUCCAGCUGGUGUCACGAUGCGAUGGGCCACUCUGAGCCUUAAAGUGUUUCGUGCAGAGGAUAUGCCACAGAUGGACGACGCCUUCGUUCAGACAGUGAAGCAAGUGUUUGGAGGGGAUGGAGACAAGAAGAAUUUGGUUGAUCCAUAUUUGGAAGUCACCUUUGCUGGAAAGAAGUUCUGCACCAAAAUAAUCGAAAAAAAUGCAAAUCCAGAGUGGAACCAAGUCAUCAGUCUUCAGGUCAAAUUUCCAUCCAUGUGUGAACGCAUCAAACUGACCAUGUAUGACUGGGAUCGUCUAAGCAAGGAUGACGCCAUUGGAACAACAUUUUUGAAUUUGAGCAAAAUGUCUUGCUCUGGUGGGGAAAUUGAAGAUACCAGGACUGAAACUUCAAACACAGCCUCUGAAUUGAGCCCUUCAGCAUCAGAGGGGGGGUUUCUCCCUGCUUUUGGACCCUGCUAUGUCAACCUGUAUGGAAGCCCCAGAGAGUUCACCGGCCUGCCCGACCCUUAUGAAGAGCUGAACUUUGGGAAUGGAGAAGGAGUCGCCUAUAGGGGGAGGGUCCUUGUUGAACUUUCCACUCAGGUGGAUGGAAAAGUUGAUAAGAAUGUGGAUGAUAUCUGCAGUGAUGACAUCCUAGUGGCACAGAAAUACCAGCGCAGGAGGAAGUACUCCCUCUGCGCCGUUUUCCACAGUGCUUGCAUGCUCCAAGAGCCGGGUGAGCCAAUCCAGUUUGAGGUCAGCAUGGGUAACUAUGGCAACAAACUGGAUUCCACCUGCAAGCCAUUGGCGUCCACCACCCAGUACAGCUUUGCUGUGUUUGACGGUAACCACUACUAUUACCUGCCCUGGGCGGACACAAAGCCGGUUGUGAUUCUCACGUCAUACUGGGAAGAUAUCAGCCACCGCCUGGACGCUGUCAAUGUUCUCCUCUUUAUUGUUGAUCAACUGGAGUCCCAUCUAACUUCUCUGAAGAAAGAAAUUCAGGCCAAAGUGUCUGAGGCACAGCUGACAGAGGUUCUGCUCAGACUGCUCAACCAUUUGAUUGAGAACAUCAACAACCUUCAGCUUCCAGCACUGGAAGGUCAGCACAACAUCACAGACCUCGAUCUCCAAAUAAAAAGUCUGCGCGAGGCUGCUUUAGUCAGUAUCAGAGCGGCGGCCUGUCAGAUGGCAGAAGAGACCCUGGAUGUCAAGUCAGUUGUUGGAGACAUUGAAGAGUGGCUUGAGAGAAUCAAACUGCUUGCAGAUGAGGCUCAGAACAGCAUGCCAGAUGUGAUCAUAUGGAUGCUGAGAGGGGAGAAGCGAGUGGCAUACGCCCGAGUCCCAGUCCACCAGAUCUUGUACUCUAACUAUAGCGAGCAAGCUUGUGGCAGACACUGUGGAAAAAGUCAGACCGUCUUUAUGCAGUACCCCAUGGACAAAAACAAAGGAGUGAAGAUCCCCGUUCAGUUGCGCAUCAACAUGUGGUUAGGUCUCUCUGCUUAUGAGAAGAAAUUCAACAGUUUCUCAGAGGGCAACUUCAGUGUAUAUGCUGAAAUGUACGAGAACCAGGCUCAGGUGUUUGGGAAGUGGGGAACCACCGGCCUGGUGGGUCGCCACAAGUUCUCAGAUGUGACCGGCAAAGUGAAGCUCAAACAGGAGCGCUUUCUGCCUCCACGAGGAUGGGAGUGGGAGGGAGACUGGUUUGUUGAUCCAGAGCGAUGCCUCUUGACAGAAGCCGACGCGGGGCAUACAGAGUUCAUAGAUGAAGUUUUUCAGAACGAAACACGUUUCCCAGGUGGAGAGUGGAAACCUGCUGCGGAGGCUUACACGGACGUGAAUGGAGAAAAAGCUCAGAGUCCCGAAGAGUUUGAAUGUCCACCUGGUUGGAACUGGGAAGAUGUCUGGAGCUUUGACAGCGACAGAGCUGUUGAUGAGAAGGGUUGGGAAUAUGGAGUGAUAAUUCCACCUGAUGAUAAACCCAAAUCCUGGGUUGCAGCAGAGAAGAUGUACCACAAUCACCGCAGGAAGAGACUAAAACGAAAAAGAAGGAAGAUUUCUGACAAAGUUACUGCAACUGAGAAAAGAGAACCAGGGGAAGGCUGGGAGUACUCCUCUCUGAUUGGCUGGAAGUUUCACAGAAAGGAGCGCUCUUCCGACACGUUCCGGCGCCGGCGCUGGAGGAGAAAGAUGGUCCCUUCGGACUGCAUUGGAGCCUCUGCCAUCUUCAGACUCGAGGGAGCCCUAGGGGUUGAUGUUGAUGAAAAGGCCAGUAAAACGGAUGCAGCCAAGCCAUUUGGUGCCAACACACCCACAGUUUCCUGCCAUUUUACCCGUUUCUAUCUUUACCACCUUAGGGUUUACGUCUACCAAGGAAGAAAUCUCUGUGCAAUGGACAAGGACAGUUUUUCAGAUCCCUAUGCCCAUGUGUCAUUUCUGCAUGUCAGCAAGACGACAGAAGUCAUAAGAACCACACUGAACCCCAUGUGGGACCAGACUCUCAUCUUUGAGGACAUCGAGAUCUUUGGAGACCCACAGACGAUUGAACGCAACCCUCCAAAUGUGGUCUUUGAGCUUUAUGACAGCGAUCAAGUGGGAAAGGAUGAGCCGAUGGGUCGCUGCAUGUGCCCCCCUGUAGUAAAACUCCCAAGUAAAAGCCAGAGUUUGUCUGACAGUUUGAAACUGCAAUGGCUUCCAGUCACUAAAAAAGGUUGCAGUGCUGGGGAGGUGCUUGUUGCUGCUGAGCUUAUACUAAAGGAGAAGGGCGACGAUAAGGAUCUUCCUCUGGUGCCUCCUCGACGGGGGGGGAACCUCUACAUGGUUCCUCAAGGAAUCAGGCCAGUUGUUCAGCUAACUGCAAUUGAGGUUCUGACUUGGGGCUUAAGGAACAUGAAGACCUUUCAGCUAGCCGCAGUGUCGUCCCCCAGUCUGAUAGUGGAGUGUGGCGGGGAGAUGGUUCAAACGGCUGUUAUCAAAAACUUCAAAAAGCAUCCAAACUUUCCUGGAUCUGUGCUCCUCCUCAAAGUGCUCCUGCCUAAGGAAGAGAUGUACGCCCCUCCGAUUGUACUGAAAGUAGUCGAUCACAGACCAUUCGGCAGAAAACCAGUGGUGGGUCAGUGCACCAUUGACUGUCUGGAGCAGUUCCGCUGUGAUCCAUACCGCCCUAACAGUGAUGUCUGCAUGUCAGCCAGAGUGGCCAUGAUAACUGCUGCCCAAGGAGAUGUUGUCAUAGACAUUGAGGAAGGAAACGUUUUAAAAACUCAGAUUAAAGAAGCAAAGGAGGACGAGACAGUAGACUGGUGGAGUAAGUUCUACGCCUCUGUUGGAGAGCAUGAAAAAUGCGGACCUUACCUAAAACUGGGAUAUGACACGCUACAGGUUUAUGACACUGAAUUAGAAGAGAUCCCAGAGUUCCAGGGUCUGACUGAUUUCUGCAGCACUUUCAAGCUUUACCGUGGAAAGACCGAAGACGAGGAGGAAGAUCCCUCUGUGGUGGGAGAGUUUAAGGGUUCCUUCAGGAUUUACCCUCUGCCUGACCAAGGGGAGCGCGCUCCACCUCUCCAGUUCAGAGAGCGUCCUGAGCUCGGACCACAGGAGUGCCUGGUCAGAAUAUAUGUGGUGCGCGGCAUUGACCUGCAACCCAAGGAUACAAAUGGCCUGUGUGACCCGUACAUUAAGAUAACGCUUGGGAGAAAAACAAUUGAUGACAGGGAUAGUUACAAACCAAACACCCUCAAUCCAGAGUUUGGAAGGAUGUUUGAGCUGUCCUGCUUCCUCCCUCUGGAAAAGGAUUUGAAGAUCGCUGUGUUUGACUUUGACUUACUGAGCAAAGAUGAAAAAGUUGGCGAGACGGUCAUCGACUUGGAGAACAGGUUCCUGUCUUGUUUCAGGUCUUGCUGUGGGCUGCCACAGACAUACUGUGUGUCUGGAAUAAAUCAGUGGAGAGAUCAAUUGAGACCUUCCCAGAUCCUCCAAAAUUUGGCUAAAGAAAAAUCCCUUCUUCCUCCACACAUAGACGAAAAUGGAAGCUCUCUAUCUUUUGCUGGAAAACAAUACAAACUGCAAGAUUAUGAGAAAAACUCUGUGAUCCACCAACAUUUGGGACCAGCUAGAGAGAGACUGGCCCUGCAUGUCCUUAGAGACCAGGAUUUUGUUCCUGAACAUGUGGAAACCAGAACCCUGCACAGUUCGCACCAACCCAAUCUCCCUCAGGGAAAGAUUCAAAUGUGGGUAGAUAUUUUCCCCAAGAGUCAGGGCCUGCCUGGACCUCCAUGCGUUAUUACUCCUCGGAAAGCCAAAAAAUACUUCCUUCGAGUCGUCGUUUGGAACACCACAGAGGUCACUCUGGAUGAAACAAGUAUCACUGGAGAAAACAUGAGCGAUAUUUACGUUAAAGGGUGGAUGCCAGGAAUGGAAGAGAAUAAACAGAAGACAGAUGUCCAUUACAGAUCUCUGGAUGGCGAUGGAAAUUUUAACUGGAGGUUCAUCUUUGGGUUUGACUAUUUACCUGCAGAACAGCUGUGUGUUGCCUCAAUGAAAGAACAUUUUUGGAAUCUGGACAAAACCGAGCACAGGUUUCCUCCUAAAAUCAUCAUCCAAAUAUGGGACAAUGACAAAUUUUCACUUGAUGAUUACUUGGGCUCAGUUGAACUUGACCUGCUCAAUUUGAUGCCCCCUGCCAAGACUCCAGAAAAGUGCAGCCUGAAGAUGCUGUCAGGAAAGAUGAGAAAAGUCUCGUCUUCACUUUUCUCACAAAAGUCCGUGAGGGGCUGGUGGCCAUGUGCAGUUGAGAAAAAUGGGAAACACGAGCUUGGUGGCAAAGUGGAGAUGAUGCUGGAAAUUGUGGAAGAAAAAGAAAUGGAGGAGAGACCUGCUGGAAAAGGCAGAGACGAGCCAAACAUGAAUCCAAAACUGGAACCACCCAACCGCCCUGAUACUUCAUUUUUCUGGUUCACAAAUCCUUGCAAGACUAUGAAGUUCAUUAUAUGGCGCAGAUUCAAGUGGGUUUUCCUUGGACUGAUUCUCCUUUUGCUGGUUAUCCUGUUCCUUGGAAUCUUGUUCUAUUCCCUCCCUAAUUACAUCUCAAUGAAGAUCGUGAAGCCUUUCUCUUAAAAAAAAAAGAAGAAAAAAAAUGCAUUUCUACUGCAAAAUCUGCAGUCAUGCUCAAUGUUUCUAUAUGCAAUAAUUUACUUACAAAGCAUUUUUAUGUUACAGGUGCUCCUUUCCUUUCUCAAAAGGAAGCAUAACAUGUUAUUCAUAAGUUAAAAUGAUAAAAAUGCAAAAAUAAUUUUUGUUUUUUAUAUACAUUGAAUGUUUUUAAAUGUUGUAAUGUUCGAUGUCCUUUCUAUUUUUUUUUUUAAACAAAAUUUUACUACUCACAUUGUACUCAUACAGCUAUAUUUCAAAUAAGCUGAGAGCCUUACAGAUAAGAACUGGUUAACAUGCAGACUUUCAAUAAACAAUUUUAAAGUAAUAAUACAUGUUAAAACAGAAAAUCAUAACUUCUUUUAGUGACCACCAUUAAAUUAAUGAGAAUUUGGCAUUCCAAAAAAUUGGAAUGUACAAUAUUUGAUACAAAUCUAAUAUAAUUUUUUUCAAAUAAAGCUGUGGCUUGAUUUAAAA